GGGUAAUCCGCUAAUCUCAUGAUGUCUGACAGUUCGUGAAGGCAGCAGCAGCGAGCGGCAAGGAAACGAACAUGGCAGAAGCGGUGUCAAACAGUGACGUCCACACUGUGAAGCCGCCACCAAAACGGCGGCGCAUCCUCCACCCAUCAGCGAUCAAACCCGUGCAGGUUUACUCCAACAAGGUGAGCAGCAGUCUGCAUCUGAAGCCAUCAGCAGGUCUCCUCACAGAGGUGGAGAGUUCAGAUGACGGUGCAGAUCUGUGGGCGGAGUUUUCUUCGCAGGUAGCGCGGGAGCCCGUCAUCUCUCUGAGCGACUCCGAAGACGACGCGGAACCACGGACCCUCAGAAAUUCAGCAGAAGACCCCCGCUGCCCGUCCCCCCCUCCUCUUCCUGAGAGUCCCGUCCAGAAACGGUCCAGGAAGGUCACAAAGACCAUCAAAGAAGUCAACCGGAGGCUUCGGGCUGUGAGCUCCAUCCUGUCCCCGGAGAAUCCAAACAGGAGGUCCAGAUAUAAUCAAACCCCCCCAUCCACACAUGUAGAGGACCAGGAAGACGACGACGUUGUCAUUGUGAUCCCCGACUCCCAGAGCUCGCUGAUAUGCUCCAACUUGGUCCGAGAGAUCCCCCUCAAGAUCCGCUGCCGGACAGACAUCCACAAGAUCCCGGUACUGUUGUCAACUCAGCUGAGCGAAGUGGUGAGCCGGCUGUCCGUCAUCCUGGAUGUCCCGCCCCCUCGCCUCCUGCUGCUGAGGCAGGAAGAGGAGCUGUCGACGGACUCCACCGUCGGUGAGCUCGGCCUCGGCAUCGCUGACAUCAUCGAGUGCGUUGUCAUGGCAGCAGAGGACAACAGGGACAGCAGCAGCAGCAUCAUCACCGUGAGGCUGCAGGGCAAAGACCGGGACUCCUCUCAGGAGUUCUCCAUCCACAGAGAGGCGCCGCUGGACUCCAUCUUCUCCCAGUACCUGUCCAACAUGUCCACCAGCAUCAAGAGGAAGGUCCGCUUCCACUAUGACGGCUUCAAGGUGACGGGCAGCGAGACGCCGGCCCAGCUGGACAUGGAGGACGGAGACAUCAUCGAAGUCUGGAUCUGAGCUGGUGUUUCUGCCUCUCGGUCACGUUUCUACCGUCAGCUGCUGUAAUCAGUGAAUCAUUUCAUGGCCAAACCGAAGCUUCUGAUGAGGACUUGUUGCAAAGAAGUAGAAUUAAGAUGAAAUUCAGCGACGUGAGGAGAAACAUGACUGAUGUUUAGUCUCCUCUUUGUUUCCGACUGGUUGAAUUAUUUCAAUUAAAACAUAAAAUUCAUGAUGAGUCUGGUUUUAACGUCGUCUCCUGGUUUACGUUUGUCUUAUGUGGAUGUAGAGAUCCUUCCUUACAAACAGGGAUCAUGUCUCUGGGAGUUUUCCAUUACGAUGCUUUUACGUCUUCCUGUAUGUUUCCCUUUUCCAAUCGUCCCAUUUUCUUUGUUCUGGCCCCCAAUGCUGCACAUGUAGAACACAAGUAUAGAGCUGUCCUUGUAUUUCAGCUGCUAUUUAUUAUAAAAAUUUGAAUAACCAGAUUUAAUUUUUCCUUCUAAUUUAUCUGGAAAAAGCAGAAUUUCUAUUACAGAUGUUUGAGUUGUUUGGAAAGCCAGAAUGUUUGGCUAUCAACGUUUUUUCUGUUUGAUAUUUUUCUAUUUUUACUAAAUUAAAAAAAGCUGAA